CGGUUUGCCCAUGGCUUUCUUGAUAAAUUUCAAGCAUUUGAGUGGAUUUGAGAUACUCAGGUCCACAACUUGAAGAAAUUCUCGCGACUUUGAACCUAUUGACAAUGACUUCUUUAGUUGGCGGCCUGGUGUUGACCAUGUUAUCUUCAUUGUUAUCCACUGGCAUGUUCUCAGAGGCCUUCUGUUUGUUCCACAACUUGGCCCCGACCAUCGCAACUCUACAGGCGUCACCCGAAAAAAAGCCUGGCAAGAUACCUCAUACUGCAGUGAAAGCACCAAACAAGCCACCCAGAACUGGAUAUAUACACUAUAUUAAGAGGAUAUGAACAGUUUCUAAGAUGAUUCAAUCUCAUUUAGAUCCCAAAGUCAUUGGCUAACCAUGGCUAAGCCACCUUCCCCCAGGCCACUCCAACCUGCCGAGAGAAAUGGCUCACAGAGGUGCCAGAGGCGGAUUCUCCACCGCGCAUUGUCUUGGUGGCCACCGGCAGCGUGGCAGCUGUGAAGGUGCCUGAGCUCGCGCGGAAGCUGGCGGACUUUGCGGAGGUGGCAGUGAUCCUUACGGCAGCCGCCGAAGUCAUGACCAGCGCAAAGAUCGCGGGUCGAUAUGCUCCCGAAAACUUUCGAGCAUGGGAGCGGAUGGACAGACUGCAUGUGCUUCGGGACUUUGACGAGUGGGAUCGAUAUGAAGAUGUCUCAUCUGACCUCGUGGUGCACGUGGAACUGCGCAAGUGGGCAGAUGUUGCGCUGGUCGCCCCAUGCUCCGCCAAUACCUUGGGAAAAAUGGCCUUGGGGCUUUGCGACAACUUGGCUGCCUGCUUCUUACGCGCCUGGGAUCCGGAUAAGCCUCUGCUGGUGGCACCAGCCAUGAACACGGUGAUGUGGGAGCAUCCCAGCACGGCGCAACACUUGAGUACGCUGGAGAGCUACGGCUGCCGCGUGGUGCCUCCCAGCUGCAAACGCCUGGCCUGCGGUGACGUGGGCCGUGGCGCUCUGGCGCCGGUGGGCGACGUGGUGGAGGCCGUAAAAGAGGCCUGUGGAGGUGUAGCCGAGCGUCGUAGCUGUGCUUCUGCAGUGGGUUCUUGGCAGCGCCAUGGAUUUCAGGAAUGGCAGCCGGCCACAACCGAUGAUCUUUGAAAGAAAA